AUUUUAUCAAGUCAUGAGCGAAUUGGAUUACUACCAGACUCUUCAGUUGAACAGGACAGCCACUAUUGAUGACGUGAAGAAAGCCUUCAGGAGACUAUCUUUGAAGUACCAUCCAACUAAGAAUCCUAGUGAGAUCACAGUGUGUUCUGACCAGUUCCAUCAGAUUUGUGAGGCAUAUGAAGUCCUUUCUGACAAGCAUUUAUCAGCAAUUUACAACAAAUUUGGACCAAAAGUGCUAGCUAAAGGCCUUGAAAAUGAAGAUGGGAAUACCUACCCAGGCUAUAAAUACCAGCAGAAUGCCUUUGAAAUUUUUGAGAAAUUUUACAGCGAGUAUUUGCCUUACCAUGAAAUUUUUGACGAUACUGGAAAGAUGCUGUAUGGCAGCUGCUUCAGUUCAAUUCAUAAAGAGAGAAAUGUAGAAAAACUCCAAGAUGUCAAGAUCACACUUGAAUGCUCCAUUGAUGAGCUUUAUAAUGGCUGAACCAAAGAGAUCACAUAUGAGGGUCGCACAAGGCUUGUUGAGAUCCAACCAGGCUAUCAAAAUGGGCACCAAAUUAUCAUUGAGGAAGAAUGUGGCAAGGGAUAUAAGGAAGAAUUUAGGAGAAUCAUUGUUACUGUGAAGCAAACUUCUCAUGAAAAGUACUCUAGACAAGGAGACGACCUGGUUUACAAACAUGAUAUCUCCCUUGUUGAUGCUCUUAAUUCAUCCCCAUGAAAAUUUAAAACACUCGAUGGCAGAACUUUAAAUAUUUCUAUUGAUGAGGUGAUCACUCCAAAAACAGUGAAAGUGGUUGAAGAAGAAGGUAUGCCAGUGUUUGAUGAGGACCAAGAGAAAUCUUCUGUACAUAACUCAAGCAGGGGAAGACUGUUUGUUACAUUUAAUAUUCUGUUCCCUUCUGAAUUGAAAGCAAAAAGCCAACUGCAAGUUUCUAAAAUUCUUAAUCCUUAAUCAAGGUUCAAUA